CCAAGAUGGCGGACAUGUCCUAACCAGCUUCUCAUUGGUCCGCAGGCUUGCAGGCCCACGCCUCUUUCCCCACUAGGUUGUUCUCUGAUUGGUUCCGGUCCCGGCCCGGUUAGGAUGACUUCCGGCGAGGCGGGUUGUCACGGCAGUGACAGUGAUUGAAGACACCGAGAAAGCGAAGGGGAACUAACGGAAGCGCCGCCAUUCCUCCCCCCCCUUUCCCGACCUUCUCUACCGGAACCGGAAACCAGCUCUGCUAGGCCUCCAGGGAGGCGGAAGCUGACCCCUGACCUGCUAGGUGUGGCCCCCCCCAGCCCUGAUAAACCCCAUGCUGGCUGUAACUGUCUCCACUCCUCCAUCUCUGGCCCCUGGGGGCCAAUAAUGCAUUAACUGGUCAUAUCAGCUAAUGUCCCUUUAAAUACCCCCCCAAUUUAUUCACAUUUAUUAAACACAUUAGGAGCUGGCAGCAUCUUCUCUAUAGAGCCCCCCCAAUUAAUUUAUAAUAUAUAGAGAGAUAUUCACAUCUGCUAAUAUCCCCCCUAACACCCCCUCCCCAGAUUAUCACUCCAAUAUUUUAUUCCCUCCUAUACUUGGUCAUAGGAUCUACCUGUAUCUUGUCUGGAUUGUUUACCUACCCCUCCAGAGUCCCUUUUUAAAUUAUAUUUUAUAUUGCUGUAGAUUCAUAUCUGCCAAUAAUAUAUUGAUGCCAACAUCUUCCAAUUUUCAUUUUAAUAGCAUUGUAUGCUAUUUCACUUUUUAUAGUACACCCCAUAUGAGACCCAUAUUCCCUCCUGCUCCCCUUAGUUUCAAUUCAGGUAUGGGGAGGCCUUUAUAGCAGGCAUUUUGUUUGGGGGCAGUUUAGGGAAACUUAUUAUUUAUUUGCUCCUUUCAAGGGGUAAUAAAAUUACAGAGAGGGGAGUUUUCUUGGAUUUUUUUUUUUUUUUUUAAAUUUUAUUUACAAAGUGACCUCAUUUUUAAUAUCGCUCAUUGAUAAGAUCUCUCAUUGUAGGCAUAUCUGUUACAUAUGCAUUUUUUUUUGAAUUUUUUUUUUUUUAGUACGAGUUAUUUCAACAAAUUUAAAGUAGUGGGUGUCUAAAACUAGAAUUUUGCUUACCAUUGCUGGGGUGAGUAAGGGAGACAGGCUGCUUCUUUUGCCUAUUACUUACAUGGGGGUUAAGUAUCUCAGCAGCUUGGCUGUGUGACAUGACCCUGGGACAGAACAGUGGCACAAAGUGACCAGGAGGCAGCCGUGCCAAAACAUGGUGAGUUAUAAAGUGUUUUUCUUGCAAUGUUACUUGUAAUGGCAUUUCAGUGACUGGUAGCAUCCGUUAAAUAGGUGCAAAACAGUUUGUUUAUAACAGGAUGACCAUUUUACAGUGGAGAGGGCCGUACAGCUUUUUUCAGGUAACACACUCUUAACAAAUACAAAAAAAAGAGGAAACUUCCUCCUGCAGGUACGAAAUUAAUUUUCUGCCAUUUUUAUAGUUUGACUAUUUAAGCCUAAAUUUUGCAAGUCCCGUUAAUAAACCAGUAAGUGAAUUGUGUAUAAUAGCCCUGUACCUUUAAGGUACAAUUACUGGGUCAAUCAGUGCAUGUUUCUGGGGUCAGGAGUGCAUUCUUAAUGACCAAUAACUGUAAAUUUGACUUAUUGUUUUAAUUCAAGUUUUGUAUUGCAGGCUUUAUUGUAAGUGUUCUUUUGGGUUUGAAAUCAAUGUUUUUAAAACAAAUAAUAUUUACCAUCGGUCUGUCUACAGGCAUCUGAGGAGGCUUCGUUGCGAGCUCUGGAGAGUCUGAUGAGUGAAUUUUUUCACACUGGCACGACCAAUGAGCGUAAAAGAGAAAUAGGUGAGUGAAGCAGAAGCACAAGUAGUAGAAAUGGGGGCUCUUGCAGAGUUGGCAUACCUGAAACUAUAGGAAAACUGCGAGCAUUAACAUGAAACUUGGUGUGACUGAACCCAUAUGCAUUCUAGAAUCUGUUGGUGUUAGGAGCACCUUGUCAAGCUUUGAUCUAGUGUUUUUUUGUUUUUGUUUUUAAACAAAAUCUGAUUGUUGGCAAUAAUGGUAGAAGGGCCUCUGGAACUAUACUAAAACUUGUCUUGUGGACAUGCCUUGCGGACAGGAAGGAUUUUACGCUGUUAGAUAUGCCUGAAUUUAUAGAUAAGCAGUUAUAAAACCUUGCUUGCUUACUGCACCAUUACAGCGAGCUGUAUUAUUUAUGGUGCUUAGUGUUCCUUAAUUGAACACUCAAUGCUCUAUAUCCACCUCAGUGUUCUGGUCCUCCCCCAGUGUUUUUAGAACGGUUUGACAUCUUGCCUUGCUUUUGCUGGGAGCCACUACCUCUGUCAGAGAGCUAAACCCAACAGUGCGGUGCUUGGCUAAUUAGCUGAGAGUAGUCUGCUGACCCUCUCAGUCAAGGGGUAGCCAAUGGAAGUUCCUAAAUAGAAGCUUCUGGUUAUUUGGCUGAGAUUGUGCAGGCGGGGAGCAGCUCCUGGCAAAUCCAAGGUGAUCAAAACACUCUAAAAUGGUUUAGCACCUUACACCGGGGCACUCUUGGAACCAUAACCACUACAGCUUGCUGUAGUGGUUAUGUUGAGUUUCAUAUUUCUUUUUAUGGGUGCCAAAAGUGAUCCGGUGGUGCAAAUACAGCAAGCUUGUUUCUGUUAAGAUCCGGAUGUCUAAAAGCUCAUGUAAGUCAGUAUUUUGUGUGUGUGUGUGUAUAUAUAUAUAUAUAUAUAUAUAUAUAUAUAUAUAUAUAUAUAUAUAUAUAUAUAUAUAUAUAUAUAUAUAUAUAUAAUAUAUAUAUUUUUUUUUUUCUUUCAAUACUUAAAUAAUUUGUGGUCUUUUUUUAAUUCUUCACCUUUUGUCCAUUUACCGAUGUCAUCGCAGGCCUUGGCAUCUGCUUUCUCUACAUACCGUAUGUUGAAUUCAUGACUCAUCACUUUUUUGUGUUGCUCACCGUGGGCUGUAACAGUUGUAGGCAGUGGGCAUUUUCUUGCUUGUUAAAAAAAAAAAACACCUUUUGUAUAACCUUCAGCACAAUGAUGAAGCAACUGAUUGUCUUCUGAUGUUCUGUCCAUUCACUUGUUAUUGGCUGAAGGCAGCGUUUUGUUGUUGCUUCUAAAGAGAAAAGGCUAAAAAUAUAUAUGUCAGCCAUUCAAACUUGCCCAAAUCCUACUUCAGUUUGCACUCUUUCAAUUUUGCAUCUUCUUAAAGGAAUGAUCAUGGCAAAAGCAAAACGUUUGUGCAUUUGUUUUUUUGGUUCAUAUUUAUGCAAUAUUUCUCCCUGUACAAAUCUCCUUAGUUUUGCAAAAACCUUGCCCCAUAGUCAGAUUCUCUUUUUUAAUGAUUGAAAGGUAAGCAGCUUAUCUCAGCCAAUGAAAGAUCAGUUGAACUGCUGGCUUCACCCUACCCCAGAGCCAAUCACUGUCCAGUGGAGUGAUGUCAGCAACAUGGCGCACACUGAUCUCUCACUAGCAGGGUAUGUACCCAGAGUACAUCUAAUAAGGAAGUUGAUUUGUGAAAAGAGGAGCCAUUGCUAAGGGGGUGGAGUUGAAUGUAGAAUCAUAUGUAUUUUGUUGUUUUUAGUAAAAGAAAAAUGAAUGUGGGGAAAAAUGCAGUAUAAAGAUGAGUAGAAAGUUACUGAUAUUUGGAAGUGUGCUUUUAAGGGGACACAAUGCGCUUCACAAGCCCAUAUGUCCCUUGGAUAAGUUUUAUAUUGCUUGGAGUUUCCGGUACCCCUAUCCUUGAUCCAGCUGCUUAUCAGUGCAGCUCCAUUCCCACCUACCUCUACAUUGUAACUUCACUUGGGGAGCCCGCCCUUGUACUGCUAUUCAAAGCUUUUGCAAAGGUUACAGACUCCCUUGUUUCUCUCUGUGAGAGCCUUUGUAGCAGCUAUAAGCAUACACAGCUGUAACUAAGUUGUCAUUAGCAGUGGCAUUUGUUAGCUUGCCAAGUACUUUUUCGUAGGUUGUUUGUCGUGAUUCUAUUUGUUUUUCACUUAAAAAAAAAAAAAAAAGGGGUAGUUUCCCACAAUUGUCACUGACAGCUGUAGGGGAAUGUUCUAUGGAGGGUCUCGCUGGAUCUUCCCUAGACCUCCGUGUUGUACCCUCGUGCAUGCACGAGAACAACACUACAACGGGCUCCUGACCGAUAAAACAUCAGGAGCUGAAGAGAACCAGCAGGGAGACUAUGGCAGCAGCCCUGAUGGACCGGUUCACGUAAGUAAAACUCACCUUACUUUUGCACCCUAUGGUCACUAUGGGGAUCUUUAAAAACCGAGACAAAUAUUUAACAAAUUAGAGAAAAAAACCUCUGUGUAUUUAUUGGUAACAAAGAAAUUACAUAGGUCUGUGUCUGUGCCCAAAAACAUGGCACUGCCAGCAAUGACCGAAAACAAUCCUGUUCGCUGUAGUAAAUCUAUAGUAAGUUAUUUUUGCUUAUCAGAGUAUCUGCCAUCUUGUACGCAUGUUCACACCAUCUUUCCUCCUUGUUCACACUGUCUCUCUCUUUCCUCCUUGUUCAGAGUCGCUCCUGAAUAACUUUGCUCAGCAACUUGGAGCAUGGAGGUUCUGUUUCUAUUUCCUGUCCAGCUCACACAGUGACUAUGUCUUAAUGUACAGCCUCAGCGUUUUUGAGGUAAGUGAUUCCAUUUCGGACAGCCCAGAAGCUACUCAUUCCAUUUAAGCACUUUUUGGACUAUUUGACAACUGCUUUUUGUAUUUUUUUUAUAUAUAUAUACGUCUUGGCAGUUGGGGUUGUAAAUGUUGCCUGUCUUUUUGUUAAAUUCUAAAAACUUCAUAGCUUAGCGUUGGAAUUGGCAGCCAUGAGAUUAGUCACAUGGUUUAUCUGGGUAAGUCAUGUAUUAAUGUUGUGAUAAGUGCCAUUGCUGGAUCUCACUCUCGGUGCACAGUCAGGGCUCAGGGCCUGUAUAAAGUUUCCAGAAUUUAGUAUAUAUUGUUUUUUAUUUAUUUAUUUAUUUAUUUGUGUUCUUUUAGAACCUGAUCAAUAAGAUGUGGUUGGGGGUUCCUUCCGAGGAGAAGAUGGAGAUCCGUAGCUCCCUGCCCAAACUUCUGCUUGCUCAGCACAAAACUCUUCCCAGCUUCAUCUGCAACAAGCUGUGCAAGGUGAUUGUGGACAUGGGAAGGCAGGACUGGCCCAUGUUCUACCAUGACUUUUUCACCAACAUUUUGCAGGUGAGCUUUGACAGUGGAAUGACAAGAGUGGGCCAGUUAUCUCUGCAACCCUUCUUUACUCUCUCUGUCUCUGAACAUGUACAGCUUAUCCAGACACCCAGCACUGCCCCUCUUGGACUCAUCAUGCUGAAAACUGCAUCUGAGGAAUUGGCCUGUCCCAGAGAGGACCUCAGUGUGACCAGGAAAGAAGAGCUGCGAAAACUAUUACUAGAGCAAGUGCCAACUGUUCUCGGGCUUCUUACAGGUAACCACAUGGGACCUUGGCUGGGCUCAGUUACACUAUAUUGGCCAUAUUGUGUUAAGCCCACCACUACAUCACAGUAUCCCAAUAUUGGUGGGUCUCACACUAAUGUUAGCAUGGGAGAUUAACAUGCUAACUGCAAUAUGUACUGCUUAAACUGCUUCCAAAUGCUCUCUCAAUCUGUAUUUUCAUGUAGUCCCCUCCAAAGGGGCACCCAUAGUGGAUAGAUGGGCUACUCGACCCAAUAGGAAUAUGGUCUGGAUUCCAAAUCUACACAGGAAAAUGGGGGUUGCAUAUGGUGUAACUGAAUCCCCAUUGUUGUUUGCUAAGACAGGUUAUUUUAAGUAGCUUUGUAAAAUGUAAAACAGAUUUAUUUAAAUGUUUUGCUUUUUUUUUGUGUGUGUGUGUGUGCACUGUUCUCUAAUCUGUGUUUUGUAUAUAUUUUGGUCUUUACGGCAGCACCACUAUUCAGAAAUGUAUCUUCUGAGAGUUUACCCCAAUUCACCUUUUUACCUUGGCUGGGCUCUGUCACGAAUCUUUGUGUGUUAACAGAGGAAAAAGAAAACACAAACUCUGCAACUCCUUACUGACAAUGUUUGUUUAUUAUACCAUCUGCGAUGUAGACCCAACAAUGCCCCCUGUUAACUGACAUCUUGAUAGUCACUUCAUUGAGGGUGGAAAGAAUGCUAAAUCUUUGGGGUGGAUCAACCGGAAUCAUGAUCACUAUUACCCUAAUUUUAAUUUCUCUUCCUUUCCUUUACAUGUGGCUUCAUUCACUGUAAAUUAAUUUAUUUCCCCCCCCCACAGGUGUCCUGGAGAGUAUUUGGGAUAAGCACAGCGUUACUGCGGCAACUCCCCCUCCCUCUCCCACUGCAUCAGAUGCUGGUGAGCUGGCUGUUAAAUGCCGCAUUAACACAGGCAUAUAACAUAUAUAAAUAAAAAAGAAAUGAUGGCUCCUAACACUUAUUGCAUGAGUUCAUUUAAAAAUCACAUUGCUGCUGUUCUUGUUUUCCUUCCUGCUUUUUAAUAAAGGCUUCUUCUCUUUUGUUUCUCUGUCACUGUGUGUACUUUUGGUAGUGUGACCUAGCCUGAGAAAUGUAACUUCAUGCUUGUAUUCAUUCGAUCCAACCAACAAUUAUCAUAUAGCCAUUUUUUAAUAUUUUAAUUAUUUUCCAGUUGUCUGUAAACUGACUUUCUUUGAGCGUGUAAUGUAGUUUUUGUGUUUUCAAGUUUCUUUUUCUAUGUGUGUGCUGUCUAAUGCAUGUCUUCCUGUGUGAUGCUUGAAGACAUGCUGCGUAUGUCAUUUCGUCUUUAGAUAAGUGUGUAUGUUGCAUACUUCCUUCCUGUCAGAAAGAGCUUAUGGUUUCUUUUUUGCAACACAGCUGAAUGUCUUCAUUGUCUGGGGUGCAUGCAAUGUGGCUUGAUCUAUGGCCAGAAAAAGGGUUAAAGUGGAUAUAUCUCUCAAAUACAUCUACGUUCACACAGCAUUUUAAUGUUUUAACCUUUUGCUUCCAGGACAGUUUGUUAAAGCACGAUUUGUCAGGAAAUAAAACUUUUUAGUCCAGGGUUGGACGUAUUAUCCAGCUUAACUAUUCUGGCCUUUUGAAAUCUUUGACUUCUCACAAUUCAAGAUUUAGUGAACAUCCCUACUUUAAAUGCUCUUUCACAUGUUAAAAAGCAAAGAAUAAAAUCCUUAUCUCAAAAGGGAAAGAUGUCCUAAUGAGAGUAUUCAAACUGCUCUGUUUCUUUUCUCGGUUUUGGCACAUUUUGCUAUGACCCAUGUAACCUGACAUGAGUGGUCUGCGAAGGCCAUGGGAAUAUACUUUAUCUGAAGUUCAGCGUGUUGGAUACUGCGAUCUGUCACGAGAAGUCAAUCUCCUGGUACUUGAUCGGGCAGGACCCGGCGUCCUUGCUUGUUUUCUUGCUUAUGCGUGUGAAUACAACACUGCGAUCUAUGGAAACCUAUGUAGAACUACUUGCACGAUGCUUUGGAAGAUGAAUUACCCACUGAAGUCACUCUCCAAGAGCCCAUUCACUAAAGUGCAUUUCAUAUUUAGAGCCAGAAGCUGAAUCGAGAACUAACUUAGAGACGGUUUCUAGUUUGGCUUUUUUUUUUUUUUUUUGCCUUAAAUUCACUUGGAAUUCUCACUUUAGUAAAUAACUCUGUCAGCCAUCUCUAUGUGUGUUUCCCAUCUACUUGUUUUCUGUUUAAUAAUUUAUUUUAUUGUAUAUUUCAUUUCAGAUGACCUCCUCAGUAACCUUGUUCACACACCCAGCCUGGCAAAGCAACUGAGCCAACCUUCUCCAAGCCUUGAGGCAGAGAGUGAACGAGUCUGUGCCCUGGCUCUCGAAUGUCUCUCACACCUCUUCAGCUGGAUCCCCCUUUCUGCCAGCAUCACCCCAUCCCUACUUACAACAAUCUUCCACUUUGCACGUCUAGGCUGUGAUGUCCGAUCACGACGGACCUCAAACACUGCCACCACCAACUCCACCUCUGUGACUCUUAAUGGGGGCAGUAGCAGCCCCCCUCUGCCCUCCAUAUUGCCCACGUCCCAGCGAGACUGCGAUAAGUUGGGGGUAUUGGCAAUGUCUUGUAUUAAUGAGCUGAUGUGCAAGAACUGUGUUCCACUGGAGUUCCAGGAAUAUUUGCUACGUGUGUGCCAGCAGACUUUCUACCUCCUGCAGAGGAUAACCCGGGAGACAAAUGCCCAUAGCAUUCGCAAUCGGCUGGAGGAGCUUGACGAGAGGUGAUGCCUUGUUUUCCCCCUACAAUAACUGCAGCUGUGCUGGGCUGAGUAGAAAAGGAAAUCAAAACAUUUGACUACCAAGAGGGGGAACUGUCUAGGUCCAUUACUGGAGAUCCUCCUUUGGAAGGAGAAGUUUAGUUGUUUAUGUUCAUCUUGAUGUUUGGGAUUAAAAUUUCAUGGAAUGCGGCAUGGUCCUAGUGUCUUCCUGGCUGUUCUGUUUGUCAGGAUUCCGUAAGGUUUCAGUUGAAACAAUAAGAGAUUAAUAAUACAUCCUCCAUCUUCCUCACAUCCUGUUCAGUUCAGCUACUUGAUUUGGGUUUAUGUUAAUGUAAAUAACUCUAGCUCUCUGUGGUCAUUCUAAUCAUUGUCAUUACAGUUACGUGGAAAAGUUCACAGAUUUCCUGCGGCUCUUUGUCAGCGUCCACUUGCGGCGGAUAGAGUGCAAUGCCCAGUUCCCCGUUGUUGAGUUCCUCUCUCUCUUGUUUAAAUAUACCUUUCACCAGGUAUGUGUGUUUAAUCUCAUUUUCUUUGUAAGCCUGCUGUAGUGCUGGACUAUCAAAUGCAGACCCUGAAUAUUCAAUGCCCCUUAUCUGUCCCUUCAGCCAACACAUGAGGGUUACCUGUCUUGUCUGGAUAUCUGGGCCUUAUUUCUGGACUACCUGACAAACAAGAUCAGGAACCGUCUAGAAGACAGAGAAGCCAUUCUCAGCAGGUGGGUGAAAAAUACAUUUUUUAAAGUGUUUAUUCCCCCUCCUUAAAACCAUGGGUAGGUAGGGGGGAAUCAUUAUCACUGGUGAUCCAGUGGGAGAACAUGCUUGUCUGAGCCCUCAGUGGGUGCAGACUGCUCAUUCCGGCCUGGGCAUGUAUCAGAGCGUUGCUAUGGUAACGCUCGGAUACAGUUAGAAGACAGAGACAAAGUAGUUCUUACUCCAGCUCUGCAUCCGAGAAGCUCCAUUGGCCAUAAAUAGGGAGGGGGGGAGGGAAGGGGAGGGGGGAGGCACCAUCCAGGGGGUUUAAUCCCCCCACCUGAAGGGUUCCCAAGCAGUCUUAGGAAGCUGAUCUAUAGCAAAUGAGCUCAGAAUAAAAAUGCUGCAAACUUUCUCAGUAAUUCCCCUUUAGUUGCUGCACACUUUUUUAAAAGUAAAGGCCGUGUGGAGAAGUAAUUUUGCCAUCAGGAAUAUUUACUAAAGUGUGAAUGUGUAGGAAUUUAAAUUAAAUAUCAAGUUUUAGGCCACAAUAGUAGAACUGAAAACCUGUUUUGGAUGCUCUUCCCAGCUUCCUCAUUACCCACUUUAGUAAAUAGUCCUGUGAGUAAAGUACAAUAUUUGAGCUAGUCACCAAACUGUUGGAAAGGUCAGAAUAGCUGAGCUGGAAACAUGGCUGACUGUAGAAUUUUCACAGAGCGGCUAUUUUGGCCUGAGCUGUAACACUUACUGGGGGAAUUCCCAAGAGUCGGCUGUUUAGUGAAGAACUCUGACCAUGUUUCAGAGGCUGUCAUCAGACAAGUUGGACACUUGUCUUCCUUUUAAACAGUCUGCCUCCAUGAACAAAGAAAAGCAAAGAACUUUCCAUAAAGUGGGUUUAUAUCUGCUGAAAAUACUUUGUUGUGUACAUAGCAUUAGAGAGGAUGUUUGUUUUGGGAUGAGUGGUGAUAUUGGUGUGGUUUUUUUAUUUAUUUUUUUGGACUGUAUAUUCUUACUUUUCUCUACUCUGUAGGUACGAGGAUGCCUUGGUACUGCUGCUCACAGAAGUGCUGAACCGAAUUCAGUUUCGAUAUAACCAGUCGCAGCUUGAAGAGUUGGACGAUGAGACGCUGGAUGAUGAUGUAAGAAUGAGGGGCCUGGGUCUUAUUAAUAAAGAGAGACAUCAGCCAUAAAGAUUGCAGAGAAAAGAAUUUGAUUGAGGAAGUGCCAGAUUUCCUAGCUUUUCAGAACAAUUUUACAAUGUCAUAUUUGCAGAUCUCCCAAUAUCUUCUUCUAAAUUGCUAUUAAAGGGACACUUAAGGCACCCAGACAACUUCAUCUCAUUGAAGUGGUCUGUGUCCACAGUCCUUGUCACAUUAACCUGGCAGCUGAAAACAUUGCAGUUUCAGAGAAAAUGUUUGUAUUGCAGGGUUAAGACUGCAUGUAAUCAUAUACACUUCUCAAAAUGGGGAGCAAACCCUUUUCCACGUGCGUCCCAUCAUUAUGUAGAAUUGGCAUGUCAGUGAUUACAUGGUAGAUCUUGCAAACAAGAUGGCCCUUUGUGUACCUAAUGGUAUGCCUAACUUUUAUUUGCCUUUUGUUUCACAGCAGCAGACAGAGUGGCAGAGAUACCUUCGUCACAGCUUGGAGGUGGUGGCCAAGAUUAUGGAGCUGCUCCCCACACAUGCCUUCUCCACUCUGGUAUUAACUGCAUCUAAAUUUUGACUCCCACAUACAGUAUCUCACAAAAGUGAGUACACCCCUCACAAUUUUAUUAUAUAUUUUCAUGUGUCAACACUGAAGAAAUGACUCCGUUACAAUGUAAAGUAGUAAGUGUACUGCCUAUAUAACAGUGUAAAUUUGCUGUCCCCUCAAAAUAACUCUACACACAGCCAUUAAUGUCUAAACCGCAACAAAAGUGGGCGUAAGGUGUCAAUACUUUGUGCUGCCACCAUUAUUUUCCAGCACUGCCUUAACCCUCAUGGGCAUGGAGUUCAGCAGAACUUUACCGGUUGCCACUGGAGUCCUCUUCCACUCCUCCAUGAUUACAUCACGGAGCUGGUGGAUGUUAGAGACCUUGCGGUCUCCCACCUUCCGUUUGAGGAUGCCCCACAGAUGCUCAAUAGGGUUUAGGUCUGGGGACAUGCUUGGCCAGUCCAUCACCUUUACCUUCAGCUUCUUUAGCAAGGCAGUGGUCGUUUUGGUGGUGUGUUUGAGGUCAUUCUCAUGUUGGAAUACUGCCCUUCCCAGUCUCUGAAGGGAGGGGUUCAUGCUCUGCUUCAGUAUGUCAGAGCACAGGUUGGCAUUCAUGGUUCCCUCAGUGAACUGUAGCACCCUAGUGCUGGCAGCACUCAUGCAGGCCCAGACAUGACACUCCCACCACCAUGCUUGACUGUAGGCAAGACACACUUUUCUUUGUACUCCUCACCUGGUUGCCGCCACACAAGCUUGACACCAUCUGAACCAAAUAAGUUUUUAAUCUGGUCUCUUCGGACCACAGGAAAUGGUUCCAGUAAUCCAUGUCCUUAGUCUGCGUGUUUUCAGCAAACUGUUUGAGGGCUUCCUUGUGAAUCUUUAGAAGAGGCUUCCUUCUGGGAGGACAGCAAUGCAGACCAAUUUGAUGCAGUGUGCGGCGUAUGGUUUGAGCACUGACAGGCUGUCGCCUCCCUCCCACCACCCACCCUUCAACCUCUGCAGCAAUGCUGGCUUGUUCUGAGUGGAACCUGUCCUGUGAAACCGCUGUAUGGUCUUGCCCAUCAUGCUGCAGCUCAGUUUUAGGGUCUUGGCAAUCUUCUCAAAGCCUAGGCCAUCUUUAUGUAGAGCAACAAUUCUUUUUUUCAGAUCCUCAGAGAGUUCUUUGCCAUGAGGUGCCAUGUUGAGCUUCCAGUGACCAGUAUAAGAGUGUGAGAGCGAUAACACCAAAUUUAACACACCUGAGACUUUGUAACAUGAACGAGUCACAUGACACCAGGGAGGGAAAAUGUCUUAUUGGGCCCAAUCUGGGCAUUUCCACUUAGGGGUGUACUCUCUUUUGUUGCCAACGGUUUAGACAUCAAUGGUUGUGUGUUGAGUUAUACUAUUUUACAGGCUGUGCACUUACUACUUUACAUUGUAGCAGAGUGUCAUUUCUUCAGUAUUGUCGCAUUAAAAGAUAUAAUAAAAUAUUUACAAAAAUGUGAGCGGUGUGCUCAAUUACUGUUACAUAAACAACUCCUUAAAGGGGCACUCCGGGUACCUAUACAUGUUUAGUGCAAUGUAUAGAUUAGAUUACAAUAUGCUGGGUUGCAUUAAUGUCGUUCUUGCAGGGUUUCCCUUUUCUUUUUUUUCUUUUUUUUUUGGGCAAGAGUUUGGGUGGCCAUUUUGAAAUUUCAUCACAAAUUGUUAAACCUUUUGUAAAGAUUAUUAAAUUCUGUUUUAACAUCAAAUUGUUAAACAUUAUUUAAUUGUUUUCAGCACACUAUAUAAGGGUAUUUCUUAUAAUGGAAUAAGACAGCCCAAAGACUGGUUCUAAUUUUUUUUUUUAAUUUUUUUUAAAUGUAUUUAGCAUUUAUUGUAAAUAUCCGUUUAACUUUCUGGCUGCAUACACAUUUUAUAUUACUUUCCGGAUGAAGUGUUUUAUGGAUUACUAAUAGAAGCCAUUCCCCAGUGUGGAGAAGAGACCUAUAACUAAAAUGCCUCCCUGCUAUAAUACGAAGGGGCUCUUUUGUCUUUAAUUGAAUUGCUAAAAGUUGAACCAUGACAUUGGCCAGCAGUACCAAAGGAUAGACUGAGAAGAGAGGAAGACUUUCACAAUUCCCUUUUGUACAUAUGAACAAUAUUAUUAUUAAAAAGUAUAUAUCCAAAACACGAAUACUUAUAUAACAGGGAGGCAAAGCGGUUGAAGUGCAUAGUCUUAUAGAGCUUCAAGUUUUCUAACCUUUGAUGCCAUAAACGUGCCCAAAGUCAGCCCAAGAACUCACAACGUCCAUAAUAGGAUUGGUUGGCCAUCUCUGGACUGUUAAAUGUACAGUCUGUUAGAUAUACAAAACUCAUUCACAUGCUUUCGCUGAGUGUGUGUCUAGGGAAAGUGUUUGUCAUCUUCAUGCAGAGUGUGGCAACUCCAAAUGUCAAUCCUGCGGAAAUGGUAGGGGCUGCAAAAGGAAGCCCCUCUAGUGGAUGAGUGAUAGCAUGUACUGGUGUCCUUGGGGACAAAUGUCAAUAUUUUUUGUUUCUCAUAAAAGACUGUGUUUACAAUUAGGAGACUGCAGGGACCAGAACACCGGUACAUUCAGGGGUUCUGGUUUUCAGAGUGUCCCUUUAAAUCCUCUGGAAAGAGUUGAGGUUAGUUGGUAUAACAAUUUGAAUGUCUUACACCGAUGGUACAUCAUAUUGAACUUUUUGAUGGUAUGAAUAAGGCCAACGUAUUCGUCAAAUUAGUUCUUAAUUCUAAUUUGCAUCCAUUGAAUUCUUGAUAAAUGGAAUGAAAGCAGUACAGUUGUCCAUUGCCUGUAAUAUCAAAGGACACGUCUUUGUUUCCAUAAUCCAUGUGAGAGACCAUGGAAAAUGCUAAUUAGGGUGGAAAUGACAGAUGAAGACCGAAAGAGACCAAUAUUUCGGGAAGUGAGAUGCCUGCAGUGUGAGACUGGGGGAAAGUUUGUGAGAGAGGGGGACUGGCAGAGGGAGAAACUAGGGAGCUGAAAGAUGGCAAAAAGAGACUGAAAGGCUAGGUGGAAUACAUGAGGGUGACAGAGUGCUGAAGAUCUUUACAUGGACCAUGCAGAGAAGUUAUUUUUAAUGCUCCAUAGAGUUACUAUAAAAAUUAAACAAAUGGAAAAGUGUUGUGAUCCCUCUCUUGCCCUGCUUGCUGCUGUGCUGGACUGCCUUCAUUUAUGGUACAUGUGUGUGUGUUGUAAAGUUUACCCCUGGCCCCUGCAUGUCUAUGGGCCAGUAAAGAUGAAUUUUUCACACAGUGCUGUACUACCGGAGGUCUUAUACCCCCAGUAUGGAAUAGGCUUAAAAGUCUCUUUGCCUUUAUCUUUAGUAAUUAAAACUCUGUCCUGAUCCAAACCCAUUAUCGUUGACUGCUUGGAAAUGGAUUAGAUGAAGACAUUACCGACUGCUUGGAAAUUGUAUUUAUUUUCCUUCCAUUACAGCUUUUUGGGCAGGUGCGCUUUUUAUUCCUUUGGAAAAAUCGAAUCUCCUUACCCACGCUUUGUCUAACUUGUAUGGAAUAACAAUUUGAUAAAUGUCAGUCCGCUUCUAGUAACUUAGGAGUCAGCACUUUGCGUUCCUCUGACCUUUCCAGGACUUGCUAUAAAUCAUGGAUAAACUCUGGCCUCAGAAGAUCUGUUCGUCAUACAUAGGGAUUACAAUUUAUACUGUAACCGUGUGUGGUUCCCUUAUUUACCACUAUAAUGUCUUAAAGCAUAGAACUUAGUAGGGCUAACCAUACAGAUAUCUUAGCCAUAAUUUUAUAUAGUUAGUAAGAGAUCCUCUAUUUACCAUAUAUAAAUAAUAAGCAUUGUCUUGAAAGCAAGAUUGUCUUUUUGGAUAUUUAUUAUAUAAAAAUUUAAAUAUAAAAUCCAUUAUAGCAGAGUUUAUAAGAUUAAAUUACAUGCUUGCAAAUAUCAUUAAUAGGUUAACAUACCCUUCUGAACAUGUCAUCAUGUCAGCCUCUCUGUCAUUUUAAGAUGGAGCAGCGUCUGUCUCCAAGUCUCUCCUCUGUGUCUUAACAUUUAAAAGUACACCUAUUUAUACCUUAGGUGUCUCCAUUUUAAGGUUACCGUAGUUCAUAUUUAUUAUAUGAAAAAGUAACACUCUUUUACUUUAUUCAAUUUAGGACCUCCCUUAAUUUGGCAAACAUACAAGGCCAUAACUAAAGGGUGCAUACGUCAUGGAAAUUUUCCUGACUUAGUUCAAGAUGGCAUCUUAAAGUCUGAAUAGGUUAUCUGUUGUUUAUACUAAGUCGUAAGUGUACAGUCGUGGGAGAUUCCCGGAUUUGGGGAAGUUCCAUUAACUUGGGGUUACCACAGUAUAUUGUGUACUGCAAGAGUCGUAGCAUAGCCUUGAAGCUUGUUUAUGCAUUAUUGUUAUUGUAAUUCGUCUGGGACAAAAUGGCGCAAACAUAUUAUGCACUGAGGUUAUUACUUAAAGAAACAGUUAUGAAAAACAAUGUUCCAUUUCUAACACCUUGUCAGUUUGCAAUAUCUCUUAAAGACAAAGUACACAGUUUAAGAAAUACAACAUUUCAUUCUAAAACUUGUAAUAUUUACAUUUGCCCAUAUCAAUACCCUACAGUAUGAUUGUCCCCUUUGGAGACUAUUCAUAUCAUGAGACGAUUGAUCUAGCUCCUGCAGAGAGUUUGUGAAAGGGGGGCUCCAGGCUGGUAGUUGAAGUCUCACUUUAUGGCAAUCAGGGGGAUUAAUGAUCAGUGUUGCUGUUAAUACUAAUAUCUAUUUGGCCUUAAGAUAUGGGUGAAAAUCAUUUAAUUUUUAAAUGUUUGAUUUAGGCUGGCUUAUGCAGUUGCGCCUGGAAACAAUAUAUAUUUUGGAUGGGAUGGGAUCUAAGCCCUUUGGUGAUCUUUUAUGCAUGUUGGGGUAAUAGGAAUACUUCUACUGAAAAGUUGGGCAUAUUACCCACUGAAUGGGUGAAUCUCUGGGUCACCCCUACGUGAUGCCAAACUGUUGGGGAAGGCCAGGUUUAAAGAGUUAUUGCUCAAGGGGCUGACUUUCCAGUGAAAGAAUGAUUUGUUCAGGAAAGAGCAGAAAAACGCUUUGCAAUUUUAAAGUGACAAUACAGGUACCAGAACCACUACAGCUUAAUUUGGUGUUUCUGGGGUAAAGAGCCAGUCUCUAGGCUGAGCAGUGUAAACGCUGCCUUGGCUGACAAAAAGUAGUGUUUUAUAAUGCCACCUCUCCUGGCUGUCACUCUGAAAGCCACCAGAAGGACUUCCUAGUUUCUGCCCUGUAAAGAAUGUCGGACAAACAGUCAGCAUCCCCACACUGCAUGGAGACGCAGAAUGCUUUGAGUUAAUGCUUCUCUAUGAGCAAUAUUGAGCUCUACUACAAACCAUUCUCAGUGAGACAGGUGAAGUAGAGCAGCUGGCCCCUCUUCUCAUUGACUGCUGUAAAAUCAGCAUAUCUGCCUGAUGUUGGACUGUUAUUUGCUGCCAUUCUCUGACCUAUCAGUCAGCAACUGAACUGUGAAUUGUUAAAAUAUUGUUAAGGAUUAGGUAUUUAGUUUGCACUAGAUGUAUUAACUGUAUUGUAGUGUGGCACAUGUAUGGGAUAAAAUGUAUUACUUGGAUUGGGCUAAGGGUUGUAUGUUAAAUCUGCAGAUGGUAGCAUUAUUGUAUAACAUAUUAAAAUGUGUAUCAAUGAAGGAUUGUAUUUCUUAAAUACUAGGGGAGUUAUGGCAUUGGUAUAGAUUGUAUAAAGUUUACACUGAGAGUCCAUUUUAUAGAAUUGCUGCUGCAUUUCAGUUCAGAGGCUGUGUGCACACUGUACAGUGAUAAUAAAGUUACAUCUGAACUUUAAAUGGCUGCCUUACACAUAGCAAAAAUUGGGGCUACAAUCAAACUGACUAGAGCAGAUUUGGAAUGUUUUUUUUUAUUUAUUUUUUUCCUUCAAUUUAACCGUUCACAUUUUAAUAUUGCUACGAUUUUGUAGUUUAACAAAUAACCCUGAGGAUUUCUGUUCAGGUUUUGAUGAUCUGUCUAUUCUUAAAAGACCUCCACCUCUCAAAGGCACAGUGAGGCCUCUCUGUGUGCAGACAGACUAAAAUAACUUUUCAUGCACCUGUGCUAAUGCAGCAAUAUUUAUGAUCGUGUCUGUCUCAAUGACCUAGCACUGCUCACAUGUCGCAGAAUCUCCCUGGCACACACUUGCUUUUGUUUUAUUCAUUUGACAACCCGCUUUUUGUUGAUCAUCGAGCAGACGAAAUGUGUGAAAAGAGCUAUUCAGUGCAAAGGGGAAGUUUAUCUGUUUGAGAGAACAUGUCUGAAUGCUUUCUUUUCUUAUCUCUCUACAGUUUGCUGCCCUGCAAGAGAACCUCGAUGUAUAUCUUGGAUUGCAGCAAUGCAUAGUCACAAAUGGAGCAGGUAUGCCUUGCUUAUUUUUCCUUCUCCUUCACUGUGCUCAGAAAUAAAGCAGUUUAUCGGACCGUCAUGGGCACAGCAACGUUUCCACCUCCACCAAGGUUUUUGUCAGGCUUGACAAAGCCCUCAUUGAACCCAGUGUGUGCCUGAGGUUCUUUCCUAAAUAUGUACCAUAUGCAUGGGUUGUGCUGACCCUGACUCGGUAAAGAACCCUGUUCUCGGGAUGAAUGCAAUCCCUUUUUUAUUUUUAUUUUUUUUCAUAUAUAUUUUAGUGAGUCGGCUUUAAUUGAUAAGUGACUUGCAAAAGUUAGGUUUAACUUUGUUUCAUUUUAUUUAAAUUUUUUUUAAAGUUAUUUUAUUAGAACGCCACUACUUUGGCCUAAAUAUUUCAUGCUGGUAGCCAGUUGUUAAUGAAGAAUCCUGCCUUUUUCUUCUGUAAUACAGUUACAGGUCCCAUGGGUUAUCUUUACUAAUGAAUGACCAUGAUCGGCUGUUUGUGUUGAGCCCUAGCUUGGAAGACACAUUAGCUAAGAAGUACAAGAUGCCAAAUAAAAAUAAUGAAACGGACAGUCGCCAUGUCUAGAGGUCUAAAUGACCAUUUUGCAGGGGAAAUGGGAUCUUGUUGCAGUCCCCAGAGCUCUCUUGUAUCGUGUAAACUCCAAAGAUAGCAGUGGAUGUGCAAUUUGGAGCUCUGAUCCACCGCCCUGACAAUUGAAUCAUUUAUUCAUAUCGGCUGCAUUUUUAGAGCGAUAAAAUGCAUAUAUCUAUCUUUUCUUCACUGGUUUAUUUUUAGAGUUUGGAUGCUUAUAAUAUUGAAUUAAAUAAGAUCUUGCAUCGUCCUCCUUGACUUUUAUUGUCUGCCUGUUCUGAAGAGCAGCAGAGUGUUUUGGGAAAACAGACAUUGAGUACCCCCCAAUCCUACCAUUUAAAAUAAAAAUGGGAUAAAAAAACUUGGCAAGGAGACCAGCUAGGUGUUUGUCCAGCUUGGAUUAGUCACCUCUUUAGCAUUUAAAGAGUUAUCCCCAAAACCCUCCAUACACAGUAUUCACAAGUUUUUGCUUCCAAAGAGGCAUAUGCUGACGCCUUUCUAGAUUAAUGAUUGUGUCAUGGGAAGACUGGCCAUCUGGGCAGAAGGGCAGGCACAAAGGGAUAGCUAUAUCCAGAUGGAGCGCCACAUAUUGGAUUAAUCACAUGUCCCAAGAAUGUCCUCUAUGUGAAUGUCAAGGGAUAGGGUUUCUAGAAGUCAUGUAACAUCCCUGCACUCCUAUUACUGCUUCGUGCUGCCCUCUAGUAUGUAGCAUUCAUGCAUUGCAGGAGAGAAACCUGCUAAAAGCAAGAUCAUUUGGGAUUCCUCCAUUUGAUUGCUGUUACUUCCAGCAUAUGAAUACUACAUUCCCUCUCCUCUUCAUGAGAUGUUCAUUAGCAUGACGAAGAUUGUGUCAAAGUAAAACCAAGGGAAUAUGACCACCAGCAUCAGUAGUCCUAAAUAAUUAGUGAGAGAGAAUCUCUUGUUUAACUGUUAAUCGCAUUGAGGAAAUAUGAAUAAAAAUCUAGGAUUGUGUGUAUAUAUGUAUUAAAUAGAUUUUUGUAAUGUCAUUAAGAUAAAUGUUUCCUCUGUGAUUGGGUAAAGCAUUGACCCUCCAUAAUCUAGGUGUAAUCUGCCCCCAAUCUCCCACAGACCAGCGUCUGAAUGUAACAGCUGAAAAUGACUGUCGGAGAUUACACUGCUCCCUGCGAGACCUCAGCUCCCUUUUACAGGCAGUCGGGAGACUUGCAGAGUAUUUUAUUGGCGAUGUGUUUGAGGCCCGUUUCAACGAUGCUCUGACCGUAGUUGAAAGGUAAUAAAACCUCUCGCUUCAUUACAAAAUGUUAGGUUUUCAUACUGUAGUGAUCACUUUGCCAUUUUUCUAUUCAUUUAUUUUGAGGGAAGCUUGUAAAUAGAAUUGUUCAGUCAUUAAGAUAUAGAGAAAACAGACGUCAUUUUAUAUGGGACACCAGCUCCGCAAUGGCUGCAGUCUGUUCAUAGAGUAGCAUUGAAUGCAAACAUUUGGUCUGGUUGACAGAUGCGAGGUAUUACCAGGGAGGGUCUAUAAAGGUUUUGAUUUCACUUAAAUGAACACUCAUACUUUAAAAAAAAAAAAAAAACCACUGGGGAACUUGCUGUUAAACUCUAAAGCCUUUUUAGGUGUUCCUAUUUAAAUAAACAAAAUCAUUUUAUCUUUACUUUUACCCUUCAUAAAGCCUGAGAUCAGAUACUGAUUUUAAAUCCUAUAUUCCGGAGUACAGGUAUUCAAUAUUUCUGAAGUAGCUGAUCUAGAUCGCCCUUCUGAGUAAUUAUCUAUGUGCCUGCUGCCAUACAGACUGUCUGUCUGACAGCAAGUACUGAGGUCACUCUAUAGUCUGGCCACGGAUAAGAAACUGUGUGCACUUUAAUGAAGAGACUGACUCUAAUUAAAUUGAACUAUCCCUUUUUAAAAUCCAGGAGACAUCCUCAACAAAACUUUUGUGUACGCACAACCAUUCUGUUCCUUAUUAAAGAACCAAAUAAUUAACUGAAUACAUUUUUUUUAUUUUAUUUUUUUUUUAAAUUGGCUGAACACUUCUAAGUAGACUGAUUAUGUAUAUGAUUAAACAUAUAGAAAAAGGAAACCCUUCUCCAGGGUUUAAAUGAACACUAUAGCAUUAGAAAUAAAGGUUUAUUCCUAACACUAUAGUGUCCUAGUCACCGUUCAGAUGAAGGCUCCUGCUGCUAGGAUUAAAAUGGAAAAUCUACUUAUUUUAUUUUUUUUCAUUUCUCACCGGAAGCACCUCCUCUUUAGCGGAGAUCAUGAUCACUGAUCUCUUUCCCCUAGGAAAGUAUUGGUAGGCUAGUGCUCAGUGCUUUAAGGGAACACUACGGCACAUUUUAGAACAGUUUGACUUCUUACCAGGGGUCCGCUGAGCACUGCUGCCCUCCUCUACUACAUCCAGGAGAGAGCCAAAAGCUCCCACUUAAGGAGCAUCUGCUGAUCACUCCUCGCACCAUAACCACUACAGUUCAGUUGGUCCUGGUACAUCCAGGGCACCCGUUGCAUUGAGGCCUAUGUGGUAACCUAAAAUGAACUUCUCUCUUUUUUUUUUUUUUUUUUCUUUAAAUAGAAGCAGGCCUUAAAAUAAAGUCUUCUCCCAAUCAAAUCCUAACGUGCUUCACUGGCCAUGGAUACUUUCUGCCCUGCAUCUUUUGACAUAGUGGGUCAGUGAAAAGGUGGUCAGAGUGUCAGUGAGACGUAUUCUGUACGGCAGCCUGGCCAAAUGCAAGCACCUAUCAUAAAAAUCCUGUCAAACUAAAGAAUCCCUUCAUUUAGCUUGCUGAUGUGCUUUGUGCCAGGAUAUGCUCAUUUUAAUUGCAGUUUAUAUAAGUGUUCAUCUCUAUAUGAAAUCUGCACAUUUAUAAUUAGAGAGACAUGUCUGACAGCUAGGGAGGUUAUUUUCCUAAUUUAAGUUAGCUCCGUGCCUCCCCGCUCUGCUUAGAGCUCUGUAGCAAUUUCUGUUUGUCUGCAUAGGAAAUAUGUCAGGGCUUUUUCCCAUUAUUAUAUUUAACUUUGAGUCCACUAAGAGGAAGCUAUACUUUCCUCUCAAGCCAGUCCAUACAUGGGAAGCUAGAGUGCUCCUUAAUCCAUUGUGUUCUGUGCAAGAUCUCAUCUGUAAAUAGGAGAAGGCCUAGCUUGUGAAAGAGGAGGCGCUCCAUGUAAAAGUUGUAUGGUGGACUUACUGUGAGUUCUCUCCUCUUUAGGUUGGUGAAGGUCACUUUAUAUGGCUCUCAGAUCAAACUGUACAAUAUGGAGACCGCUGUACCAUCGGUAUUGAAGCCAGACCUUGUUGAUGUGUAAGUAGUCCUGGCCUGCCUGCAGGUGACCUUUCUGUCUGACCAUGUGACUGCUAAGUGGGACACAAACGUUCUGUGUUUAUGUUCUGUAGAUCAACAUCUGUUGCUUCGUUCUUGGGUUUUGUUAGUUGUUUUUGACGAAGUGCAACGAAAGGGUAUAUUGAGAUUUUGUUAAAACUGGGGGCAUGAGUUUUGUUUUGGGAAACUCUGUAAGUAGAAUUUUUAUUCUAUAACUUCUGUUAACUUGUCAUUUUAAUGCCUCUUUUCUGUCGAAUUCCUAUUUAUGACAAGUUCAUUCUUUUUGCAAUGCUUUAUAGAUUGUCUGCACCGCAGCGCCAUACCCUUGGUUAAUUCACGGUAUGCAGAUUUAUAAAGAGGCAAUGCUGGUAACUUAAAGAAAAAACAAAUUGAAUUUGCAAAGUUUAGGGUCGCAUUUCAACUUGUUUUUAUUUCUAGGGAAGUAAAGUUUAUUUAAACAGACAAACAAUCCACUUAUUGAUCAAGUGAGUUUCAUUCUAUAAAUGCCGCCUUCUUCCCACUGCAUCAAUGUGAGCACAAAGCCAGUCUAUAGACCUUGAGUGUUCUUCCUUACAGGCAUGCCCAGUCUUUGGCAGCACUGCAGGCUUACUCCCAUUGGCUGGCACGUUUUUACAGCGAGGUUCAGCGCCAGAACCCAGAGCAAUUUAUGUCCAUUAUCUCCACGGCAAUGGAGGCUUUGCCUCCCCUCAUCAGCACCAAGGUAAGUGCCUGCAUUAAGGUGAUCACACACAGAGCUCCGAUAUCCAGUCUGUCUGCCGAGACCUCAUACCCAUUUCUGCUCUUCAAGGUACAAGAGAAGCUGCUGCUCUCUGCCUGCCAUUUGCUUGUGUCCAUUGCCACAACGGUGAGGCCUGUGUUUCUUAUCAACAUUCCUGCCGUCCAGAAAGUGUUCAGCCGCGUCACAGACAGUUCAGCACAGCGAUUACCGGAGGAGGUAAGGACAUUGGGACACAGCUGCAGAAUUCUGGUCUUCACACACCUAGGCUUGAAGCAUGCAUUAUUUUAACUAUAUUGUUCUAUUCUUCCAAAGAGGGUUUAAUGUCUUUGUUUUAUGGAAUAUAAACCUCUGUUUACUCUUUGCCUCUGAUAAAGUGUAAAGAGGUUGGAAAUGAGGCAAUGCAGUCAUUGUCUCUCAAACUCAAUGUAGAUAUUGUAAAAUGUGACUUAAAUGUUUUUUGGGUUUUUUUGUUUGUUUUUUUUACACAAAUCUUAGAAUUGCCAGAUACGAUUUUGACGAAAGUGAAUAAUACAUAUAAAUUGAGACGUAGUGUGCCAUAACAAGUGUAUUCCUUUCUGAACGUGAGUGUUUCUCAGGUUUUCAGACAUCUGCUUCUUAAUAACCUUUUUAUUUUAUGUACCAGGCCCAAGUGCUGCUAUGUCGAGCCCUCUCCAAUGUUCUACUCCUCCCCUGGCCCAAUGUUCCUGAAACUGAACAGCAGUGGGUCGAACGCUCCAACCAUCAUACCAACCUGCUAAGUGCUCUGACCAGAGAGUACCGGCUGCUAAAGGGCAGUGCACCUCCAACACGAAAGGGUCAGAUCGAGGCCAGUAAGUGUGACCUCCACACAUCCUCACAUUAUCCUAAUUUUAGUAUUUACACUUUCACAUUAUGUAUUGGCGGUGUGCUCAAACCUCUGUCUCGCUGCCAGGGGGCCUUCUUUCACUUUGGCUCGAGAUCCACUCAAAAUCCCUCCUCUUAGUCUUAGGGGUAUGUUCAGUAAACACUGAAUUGGAGGUUUAAGGCUAAAAUGUCAUAUUGUGGCCAACUGAGCCACAUUUUUCAAAAUCUGUUAUUUAAGUCUACUUUUUUUUCUUCAAUUCUGUGUGAACCCCUGGGUGUGAUGUUUCCCACAAUUAAAUUUAUGCAAUGUGUAAAUUAAGACUGGCUUUAGAAGCCAAUAUGUAGUUGAAAGACUAAGACAUGCUGAGUCAUUUUAUAGGCUCAAUUUAUGACUUUUAAAUCACAGGUUUUCAAUGUUGGAGCUUUUUUUUUCUCCUGUUGUCCAUGCUUAACUUGAUCCUAUUAUUCUCCCCAGCAAAACGUGUCAUCUGUCAGACCCUUAGUGUAUUGAGGGACAUCGUGGAGAAUAUAUCUGGUGAGGGCACUAAAUCCCGGCAGAUCUGUUACCAGUCCAUACAGGAGGCUGCUCAGCUCUCUCUUGCCCUUUUUCCGGUUUACAUCCACCAAUCUGGUAAGCUGCAUUCCAGUACCUCUCUGGGCCUUUUGUUAUUGGAGUGUGUGAUAUGAUGGCUUAGAACAUGAACUCAAGUUUGAUUUAUUUUCAUACUUAAUCUGCUCUGCCUCUAUUCGUAUCCUGGUUAUUUUAAGAGGGUUUAGCUUUGUUUUAGGUAGUCAGCUUUUUUUUUUUUUUUUUUUUUUUUUUCACUAUCUUUACAUUGUCCUUGUUGAGCGUAAUCCAUUUCAAAAGACCACCAGCUAAUAUCAGGGCCGUCUUUAAUAACGAAUGGACCCUGGGCAAGUGUUUGCUUGGGCCCCCUGUGCCCUGCCGCUCUCGCCCCUCACUCCCUGGUAUGCAAUCACGGCAUCCAUCCCAACGCAGUGGCAGUACUAAAGUAGAAUGAAUUUUAUUGGGACCCCCAAUUGCAAGGUUGGACUAAAGGUAGAACCCCAUCUGUCGUGCAACUCCAACAAUGCUUUGACAGCUGGCACUCUACCAAUUUCCCAUGCUUGCAGGGUUGUAUUUAGCACUGAGCCAUGUUUGUAUGUUUGAAUGUGAGCAUGUGUUUGUAUGGAGUAUGUUUGUGUGAAUGUGUUUGUAUGUGGUACUGGAGUUUGAAUACAAGUGUGCAUUUAUGUGUAGUGUUUGUUUUUGAAUGUAGGAGUGUGCUUGUAUGUAGUGUUGACGUUUCAAUGCAGGAGUGUGUUUUAUAUGUAGUGUUGAAGUUUGAAUGAAGGGGUGUAUUGUAUUUAAAGUUGCGGCUCAGAUGCACAGGUACACACUCUGACGCACAAGCAGAUACACAGAUACAUACACUGACUACAUACAGAUAAACGGGCACAUACACUGACAGCCACACUGACACAGGUACAUAUAUUGACACACACACAGACACAUACACUGGUAGAUGUACUGACAGACAUACUGACACAGGCACAUAUACAGACAUACUGACACACAGACACAUAUACCGACAUACUGACACACAGACACAUAUACCGACAUACUGACACACACACACAGACACAUACACUGAUCAACAUACUGACACACAUACACUGACAGAAAUACUGACACCCACACACUGACAGAUAUACUGACACCCACAUACACUGAGAAAUACUGACACACACACAGACUGAUAUACUGACACACACACACACACAGACAUACUGGCACACAGACAGAUAUACUGACACAUGCAUACACACAGACAUACUGGCACACAGACAGAUAUACUGACACAUGCAUACACAUGCACUAACAGACAUACUGACGCACUGACAGACAUACUGACACAUACACAUACUGACACACAGAUAUACACACACAUAUAUACUGACAGACAGACAGACAUACUAACACACAGACAUACUAACACACAGACAUACUAACACACAGACAUACUAACACACAGACAUACUAACACACACAGACAUACUAACACACACAGACACUAACACACACAGACACUAACACACACAGACACUAACACACACAGACACUAACACACACAGACACUAACACACACACACUAACACACACACUUUUUUUUUUUUAAAUGUAAUCCCCCCAGCCUCCUUACCUUUUGGAGUGCUGGGGGGAUUCCCUGGGGUCCAGUGGUGCUGCUGGGCUCCUGGGCUGGUGGCCGUCAGAAGGGAUGCAUGAGCACUCCACUGCCUCUUCAGCUCCCUCACACAGAUGCCGGCGCCGGAAGAUGACGUCAUCUUCCGGCUCCGGCAUCAGUGCGGUGCGCGAGGGAGCUGAAGAGGAAGCGCUGAGUGCUCCCUCGCGCGCCCGCCUUCCUGCCCGACCGGCCACCCGCCCGCCGGGCUCAGCGGGGCCCACGGGGCAGGUGCCUCGGGCCCCCCAAGAGAAACUGGGCCCGGGGCAGCUGCCCCGUUUGCCCCGCGUUAAAGACGGCCCUGGCUAAUAUUGAUCUAGCACUGUCUGCACCCAAGUGGGUAAACGAGGACUGCAUGUUGGAGUAAUCCAAAACCCUACAGUGCCAGUGUGAGGGCCAGUUAGCAGUCUAGCUUUGGAACUACAUCUCCUGUGAUGCCUCUCUACAUACAAUAGUGUGUCUGGGUGACCAGAGGAUCACAGGUGUUCAGGUUUUUAUGUAACAGAAGAGAUGCAUUUUGGCGAGCUCUGAGCUUAAGACCAUUAGAUCAGUUGAAAUCUGCCACCAUAAACAAGGUGGUAGUGAUUGAGACCAUCUGACCUAGAGCAGAGGGGGCACCAACAGGCGCCUUGCCAGUUCUUGCUGAAAUCAGUGUGUUGGAAUAAUCGACUAUGCAUUAGCCAGUGUGCGGGAAGAUUGCAGGAAUUCUAGUCCUUUAACAGCUGCUGUACUACCUGUUGGUUACCAAUGGUCUAGAACACAAAUAUGGUUUAACUUUAACUUACUGUGUAUUAUAUUUGUCAAAAGCAUGAGAAGAAGAUCAUUUAAAGAGGCUUGGAACAUAAUAGUUCUCAAAGCACCCACAAAAAAGCUAUUGCAAUAAGACUCCGUGUGUAGGAUUUACCGGUGUAGGUGGAUUCAACCCUUUAUUGUAAAUCUAUUUAUUGGGGAUCAAGAGCCCACUGCUCUAAAACCUAAUUUAAAGUUGAAAUUUCCAAAACAUUUCUCAGGUUCUAACCACUCAUUCUGUUUAAAAGUGCAUCUAUAACAAUGGUUGCCCAGGCUCAUAAAAGAUCAAAUUUGUAUUUGGUAAUUAAAGAAGACCCUAGCGUUUGGUAUCUCAAUGUGUCAGCGUCCAUAGUGAGCGUUGCUAGCGUGCAGAUUAAUGGUGUUUGUCUAUGUGGAAGCUGUGUGGAACCUUCACUAGCCAUUCAGAAACAUCCCACAGAAGAAUGCGAGUGUUUCGAAUACAGUUCCUUCUGAAACCAUAUAUUGUCUGAACGAAAUGGCUCAAGUCAUGAAUGUUAAAAUGUUCUAUUUCUUUUCUUUCUGUUAAGAUGUGACAGAAGAAAUGCUCAGCUUCUUCCUAGCCCUGUUCCAGGGACUGCGCGUGCAGAUGGGAGCGCCGUUCACAGAGCAAAUCAUCCAGACCUUUCUUAAUAUGUUCACAAGGUAACCAUAUAGUGUGUGUGGAUUUGAAGAGGUGACCUUAAUGAGAACGUGAAGCCUACUUCCUUUCAAAUUAAGAUGAUUUUAUGUAGGCGCUGAACUGACAAUGUUUCAGUCUAGUGCUAAAGAUAAUCUCUGUAACAACCAAGUGGUCACUGGAGAUUGUCCAUCCUAAUGAGGUGGGGUAGGGGGCACUGCCAAACGCCACACUGGCCAAUCAGCAUCUUCUCAUAGAUGCAUUGAAUCAAUGCAUCUCUAUGGGGAAAGUUCAGUGUCUGCAUGCAAAGGGGGGAGACAGAGAACGUAACUGUGCAGCAGGAAGCAUCUCUAGUAACAAUCUAAGGAGUGGCCAGUAGAGGUAUCCCUAGCCUGUAAUGUAAACACUUGACAAAGACCUUUUGGGGUCAAAACAUUGCUGUUGUGGUUCUCAAUAAAGUGCCUCUCUUGAACCAAGGAGUGCCUGGACCCCCUUUUUUAUUUUUGUAAUAUAAACACUGUCUAUUCAGAGAAAAUGCAAACAGCCUGCUGUAGUUGUUUUGGUGACUAUAGUGGCCCUUUAAGCAUAUCCACAUUCUAAAUACAUGUUCCCCUGAAUAUGGGGGGGGGGUGGAGGGGAGAUUUCCCUAUUGAUUCAUUAUUUUCAGUCACAUGAAUGAUUUAGCCAAUAUCACAGUGCUCAGAAUACCUGAUCCUAUUUGACAUUGCUAUAUACUCUCAGGAUACAGAGCCUCCAUGCCAGUCUGACUGUAUACCUUGAAGGCAUUGCUUAAUUUCUCUCUGAAUGGUCUCAUGUGCAGUGUCCGUAAUUGUUUGUUUUUCCCUGCAGGGAACAGCUGGCAGAGAGUAUUCUGCAGGAAGGCAGUGCCGGGUGCCAUGUGGUAGAGAAAUUCUUGAAGAUACUUCAAGUGGUCGUGCAGGAACCCGGGCAGGCUUUAAAACCGUUUUUACCCAGCAUCCUGUCACUCUGCAUGGAACAACUGUACCCUAUAAUUGCAGAGGUAUGGAAGGGGAGGAUUCUGGUCUAAGCACGUGUCCACAAAUACCAGGUUAAGGUAGCGGUUAUUUUCUGGUGACCACAGUAAAUGUGCACAAUUCAUUACAAAUGUUUCACCAGGCUGAGGUUUUGUCCCUUAUAACCAAAGCCGUGUACAGUCUCCCUCCGCUUCCAGUUCACAAUGUGAGAUGGAUCCUUAAGAUGUUGAAAUUACUCUGUAUGGUAGAUAUCUCUGUAGAUGUGUGUGCACAGACUUAGUCUGGUCUUUAUUUUGUGCAUAGCAGCCAGAGACGUUCUGUUGAGGGUUAAGAUGGUGUUUUAAAGGAGUCCUGUCACAUAUUGGUAGGAACAAAACACGUCACAUUAGAAAGCUAACUACUAUAUGUCUGUUAUUUUUUUUUAUUUUUUUUUCUAUAAAAAAGACGUAUAAAGAUGCCGAGAACAGUAGUAAACAGUAUUAAACUGAUGUAUAAAGAUGCCAAGAACAGUAUUGAAUGUUGUACAACAUGUAAUAAUUGCAAGCGGAAACGAUCUCGAGCUAUUAGACGCUAUGUACAGGAUGUAAACUCUUAAAAUCGAAAUAUCGUGAACAGUACUUGAUGUGCAUACUUGACCCUACCCUCUUUCAUUCUAUACCCCAAGUGUGAUUUUAAAAUAUUCCAUAACUCAGUGAUUUUACAUUAUUCAUCAUAGCUAGUUUCUAUAAUGCUAUAUUAACUCAUAAAAAUGUGCAAUGUUAGUAAGCCAUAUGAAUGUUUCUCUAUGUCUACUAUAAAGCCUGCACCAGCUGUUGUGGCAAUGCAAGCAUACCUGUAUAUUCUAUGCACAACCAAAAUAAAGAAUUAAAAAAAGAUGGUGUUUUAACGUAGUGCCACACUGAUCUAACGUUUACAGUACAAAGCUUGUGCAGUUCCUUAUCCAUUUGUAUACUUUUUUUUUUUUUUUUAUAUGACAUUUCUGCAUCUUUCCAUCCUUUUCAGCGCCCCUCCCCCGAUGUAAAAGCGGAGCUCUUUGAGCUGCUGUUCCAGUUGCUGCACAAUAACUGGAGGUAUUUCUUCCGCUCCUCCAUCCUGGACAGCGUUAACAGAGAUGCAGGCGAUGAACCAAUGGAGAACCAGGCGCAGUUUGUUGUAGUCAUGCAGGUGGGUGAUAUAACAAUAAUGAAGGGGUAGGCAACCUUCGGCACUCCACAUGCUUAGCCAUCAUGGCUGUAAGAGCGUGACGGGAGAUGUAAUCCACAACACCAGAAGUGCUAAAGGUUGUCUUCACCUGCCAGUUCACAUGCCUCAUCGUUGCUAUAUCUUUAAAGCAACAAUAAACUGCUGUAAUUAGUAAACAAAACCACAAGGUAGAACAAAUACUGGAGAGUCGCUGACCCAAGCUGUCCUCCUAUAGCUGUUACACCUUUUUGUUUUCUUUCCAGGUGCUGUCCUUUUAUAUUCAGCUGUAUUUUCUUCUUUCUACCAGUAGGUGGCGCCUUUACUCUGCUAUACUGUGCAUGUGCGCUCUUCUUCUUAAUUGCUAAAGGCGUCAUUAUUAUUUUAUUUUAUAUAGCGCCAACAAAUUACGUAGCGCUGUACAAUGGGAUGUCAUGCCAUCAUGGAACCUUCUUCAUUAGAUGCUGUUCCCAGGUGCUGUUACCCUAAUAGCUUUUUAAGCCUCCAUUGUCAGUCAAGUAUCUCCUUAAAUUGGACUCCCCAUCUGGCAAUUUCAGGACCUCCACUAGUCGAGACAUAAAAUCCUCUGAUGCAAUGUUCCAUAAGCACAGCAUGGUGAGGUGAUGGUCUGUCGGAGCUGCGCGUCACUUCUGUAGAUACUGACCGGAUUUACUUCUGCCCAGCUACCUGUCUUACUGCCCAAAUGCCAAAUUCAAAUUGUAAUCCAUGACUACAUGGCAGAUUAACACCUUCUAUGACACAGUGCUUUAAUGCCUGGGGCAUUUAUUUUGUUAAGUAACGUCUGAUCGGUCAAUUAUAGUCUCUCCACGUGUUUACAUAAUAAAGACCAUGGCUUGAGACUUGAGACUAAAAGGCCUCUAACCCCUACCCAAAAUAGGACUUUUUAAAACCACUGAUUCGCCAACAUAAAUCAGAUUCUGUCCUUCUGUGUGGAACAACUUGAAAGCGGUCAUGUGCCACCUGAGCAUGGUAUUAUAUGGUUGAUAUAAACAGUGUUUUCUAUAACUUUCCCUCAAGGUGUACAAUUUAUUCAGCCUAGUGGGUCUGUCGUUAACACUCGUUGACAAACUCCCUCCCAGUAAGAGUUCCUGCUCUGUUGCCCUCCUCAUAGUUCUCCCAGAGUCCUUUGUAAAGUAAUUCUAAAAAAAGAUACACAGAGGUAAAACUUCCACUAUUCUGUUUAUUUAAUGAUAAGAAUAGAGUGCUGGAAAAUUGUUUCCAUGCUAAAUACUUCUCUGCCAGGAAAGAAUCUCAUCCCAAUUCCCUUACUGAGAUGUUUCCAUCUCACGGAACUAAAUGAUCUCUUCUAUCCGGAAUUCUUUUGCUUCCUUAUCGGGGUCAGCUGGAGGUAGCCUCUCUAGUAGGGUAAGAUACUGAACAAUCCUCAUUCAGCAUAUUUACAUUAUAUAUUUUUUGAUGUGUCAUAAAUGAUUGUAUAUGCGUUUCUAACCUCCAAUAUUGGUUUCUCUACUCAGGCAUUUGGACAAUCAUUUCUGCAACCAGACAUACAUGUGUUCAAGCAAAAUCUCUCCUACCUGGAGACCCUCAACAGCAAGCAUAAACUGUACCAUAAGGUGAGACCAGAAAUACAUAAAUAAUAUUACUGCAAUUUGUGACAUGUACUCAUUGUAAACUUGGUACUUGACACUCCUCUUGGGUUCCAUGCUGACUGUGCUAGAUUGAUUUAAGUGUUUGAGUCUCUGCCUUAUUGGAUUUCUUUACUGAUACCACGUCUCCCUCUCCACUCUAGAAGCUGUUCCGGGCAGUCAUGCUGCCUCAGUUCGUCAGUGUUCUGCUGCAGGUUCUUAUCCACAAAUCCCAUGACCUUCUGCAGGAGGAGAUUGGCAUUGCCGUCUACAACAUGGCAUCAGUGGAUUUCAGCACUUUCUUUUCCUCCUUUCUCCCUGAAUUCCUCGGCAGCUGUCAGGGCUUAGACAGUGGCCAGAAAAAUGUCCUCGCCCGCAAUUUCAAGAUGGAACGGGUAAGAGUCCUGCUCAUAUAAACACUCUCCAUUUGGAUCUAACAAUAUAAAAUGUAAUAGUAUUGCAUUAAAGGGACACUCGCUAAGCACCAAAGUCACUACAUCUUAAUGUAGUGGUUUUGGUACAAUGACCCUGGCCCUGCAGUCUGACAAAUGGAAUCAGAAUGACAGCAACUAGAGGCUCUUCCUUGUGAAGACUUUUAAUAAUUUCUAAGUCUUAACAUUUAUUUUGUUGAAAUGCUAAUUCUAAUAGAGAAACACUGGAUUUAACGCUUUCCAGAGAGAAGCAUGCGAAGGCUGAGUGCAGAGAUUGCUGUACUUACCCAGUAGCUCCCCAGACUGUUCAUUUGGAAAUAGUCACUUUGAGCUAGGAUUAUCCUUGUUAAAUACAAGACUGAUUUGGGGCCUGUCUGCUAAACCCCAAAGUGGCAUUCUAACAAUUUGUUAAUGGAACACUCCACCCGCUUGUGAAGUGCUUUAUGUGUCCAGAUAUGACCAUUUUAAUUGCAGUUUAUAAAAGUAACUACUUCUAUUUGAAAUCCACUCUUUUUUAAAUAAUUGCAGAAACGCCUUCCUUGGUGUCUAACUGGGGAGGUUGUCUUCGAAUGCACCUGCUUUCUCCUCAUUACCGUAGACUCCCUGGCUUGCCUGUUUAGCUCAAUAAACGAAAGCUUCAAGCUUGCGGCUCAGAAUCUGGGCUUUCUCAAAGAGAAAGCUUGUGAUUGGUCCUUUCCCCACAGACAAAGUCUAUUCCUGGGGGGAAAGGGGGACAGCUUGCAAAGGCUGGAGAGAUCUGUAGCUUUUGCAAGUUGCUUUUAGAUCUAUCCCCAAUGAAAAAAAUGCAAUAUGUAAAUAUGAUUGCGUUUUAAUUGUGUAACAUUAGCUUCUAUGGUUAGCUCAGCAGGUUUUACAUUCGUUUUUGUGCACAGAUUAGCCACUCCUUGUCUCACCUGGUCUUUCCUCUCUCCAUCACAGGACCUGCCUUCGUUUACGCAGAGCGUCCAUCGCCUAGUGAAUGAUCUUCGAUACUACAGACUCUGCAAUGCCAGUCUCCCUCCGGGAACUGUGAAACUGUGACAAAACCCUUCCAUUUUUUUUAUUUUUCAAAGAAUGGUCAGAUUUCCCCUUCUCUUCAUGUCGAUUGUCUUAACUCUACAGCUGUGAAGCACGCUUUUUACUUUUAUUUUAUUUUCCCCUCCAAUUUUAUUUUUGUUUUUAUAUCACUGACUUUUUAGCACAUUCUCUGACAGAUUUCAGUGCCUGCUGUGACUCUUCUCAAACCAACUCUGCCCAAACAUUUUAAUCCCUUGGUUUAUAAAAGGGGUUAAGUAAAUCUCCUUGUUUUUUUUGUUUUUUUAACUGAAAACACUUCUCAGUUUUACAAACCUUAUCGUUCCCAAAUUUCCUUAUUUGCAGAGGAAGUGGAGAGGUCUGAUUUCCCCUAAUGGACGCACACUCUGGAUUUUUUUAAAUGGACAUUUAAGCUACAUGCCUGACCCAAUUAUCUGGAGAAAGACUUUGUGUAAUGUUUUUAUAUUUUAUUUUAAUUUUUUUUUUUUUUAUCAUUCCAUUGUGAAUUGCAACAUCGCUUCCUGCGAAUUAAACUCCUGUCUUGUUUAAA